AUAAAAGACCCAAGUCUAGAACUCCAAUAAACAAUCCGCAUUCCAACUGCCGACAGAAAUCUUUAAACUUACUACCUAUCCAACAGUAAUACUUGAAACUCAACUCCAAUAUCAACAUGAAUCGCAACUUGUCUUUGUUUCUUUUGGUCGUCGCAUUGGUUUUGUUAGUCGGAACAACAAUGAUCGACGCCGAGUGCAAAUGGCUGGACUGCCACGCACAUUCGGCUGGUGACUGGUGUAACAUACUCGGACCCGGUUGGAAGAUCAAGACUUGGCGUCGGUGUAAUGGAUUGUUGGGAAAAUCCGAACAGUGCUGCAAAUGAUGCAAUUAUUAUAACUGCUGAACUUAAUAUUUUUUUUUACUACAUUUUAACUUUCUGUUGACCCAUUUAUAUAUUCGACACCAGUAAACGUUGUUUACGUGAAAUGCGCUUACUUGUACUUAUAUUAUUACUAUUACUCAUUAACCAUUGAAUUAUUAUCGUGUUGAAAACUUUUUUUUGUUUACAAAAAAGCUAAGUCAUCAAAAAUGUUACAUGAAUUACUCAUUUAGUACUACUUGCUUUAAAAAAAUGUGCACUAUCCUAUGAACAACCUUGUUCAUAUUAAAUUAAGAAAAAAAAAUUUGACGCCCUAGAGGAAAAUUGCGGCCGAGGCCUUUUAUAUGCAGGCCAACACUGGUUGUGUCGUGAAAUGCGCUUACUUGUAUUUAUAUUAUUACUAUUACUCAUUAAUCAUUGAAUUAUAAUCGUGUUGAAAACAUUUUUUUUUUUUUGUUUACAAUAAUAAAAACUAAUAAAAACUACUUCACAUAAGUACAAA